AUGGUUGCCGAAUGGAGUAUUGAAAACACUCGGAUUAUCACCGAGUUGUUUGUCAAGCAAGUGAGAGCUGGAAAUAAGCCAAAUACUCACUUGACCUCCAAUGCAUAUGAUGAGGUGGUGAGGCAAUUCAAAAUAAGAACAGGGUUGGAGUACACGAAUGAUCAAUUGAAGAACAAAUGGGACAAACUGAGAGGUGAAUAUGGUGUAUUCAAGAAACUUAAGUUGAAGGAGACAGGAGCGGGAUGGGACACAGAGCGCGACAUUGUGAAACAAGAUGCUGAGUGGUGGAAGAAGGCAAAGAUAGACGUUCCAGGUUGUUACAAGUUCAGGAAGCAUGGACUUCGCAAUGAAGAGAACUUGCGCAUCAUGUUUGAAGACAUCACAUGUGACGAAGAUGUUGAUCUGUUGGAGGAUCCCGAAGAGGCACCAUCUCCUAUUACACCAAAGGUUAAUAAGAGGCAUGGCAAGAUCAUUUGUGACACAAACAAGAAACCCGAGACCGCACAAGUGAUGCAGGAGCAGAUUACAAUGAUCGGGGACAUUUGUAAGGAAUCACACUCGUCAUUUCAGUCGUUCUUUAAGCACGAUGACACCACCUCUGUUGCAUCUGUUAUGAAGGAAGCAAUUGCUUGUGGUGCAAUAGAAGGCAGCGAUGAGCACUUCAUUGCCUCUGAGCUUUUCAUCAAGAGAGAGCAAAGGGAGAUGUUUCUGAGCAUGAGUGUUCACACUCGUUUGGGUUGGCUAAAGAGGAAGUUCAACGUCAAGUACGGGAACUAG